CUGCCGUGGGAAGGAGCAGCUCGGUUCGGCCGGCCCCCACCCCAGCAGGGUUUAAAUCCCAGCCAGCGGGCCCAGCAGCACGGCUCCCCGACAGCAGCACGAUGCCAGGCGAGCGCGCCCUUCUCCUGGCACUCCUGGCACUGUUGGCGGAGCUGCCGCCCACCCUGGCCCAGCAGCACCGUCCUGGGUACCGGAGCACUGCCCCCGCGGUCACCCCAGCACCGCGCCGGGCCCCGCGGAGACGCUGGCCCCCCGCCAUCCUGCCCGUCCCCGGCAAAGCAGGCGAGUGCCCGGCGGGGGGGAGCGGAGCCCCACGCCCCCCCAGGCUGUACUGCCUCUCCGACCACGGCUGCCCCGGUGCCGAGAAGUGCUGCCAGAGCGGGCAGGUCAGGACCUGCCUCCUCCCCACCACAGAGAGCCCCGGCUACUGCCCCCGCGCCGGCAGUGCCAGCGCGGCGAGGUGUGGGAUGAGCUGCCACAACGACACCGCGUGCAGCCCCGGGGAGAAGUGCUGCACCCGCGGCUGCUGCGCCCGCUGCGUGCACGCCGAGCCAGCCAAACCCGGCCUCUGCCCGCGGAAGCGCGCCCAGAGGAGCACCGCUGCCUGCCCCAACCGCUGUGCCGAUGACCGGGACUGCCCCGGGGACCGCAAGUGCUGCUUCUCCGGCUGCGGGCUGGCCUGUGCCCCCCCCGGACACAGGGUCCCGCCGUGCCGCAGCCAAGCCCGGCGCGUGCCCCGUGGUGCUGCGGGGCUCCCUGGGACCCUGCCUGGAGCUCUGUGACACCGACGGCGAUUGCCCCGGCGCCGCCAAGUGCUGCACCACCGGCUGCGGCCACGUCUGCAAACCGCCCACCGAGGCGCGGCCCGGGCUCUGUCCCCCCGUGGCUGACGGUGACCGGGCGGCCGAGUGCCUCCUCCUGUGCCUGCAGGACAAGGAAUGCCCCCCCGGCCAGAAGUGCUGCCUGCGGG